GUUUCAAUUAAUUUUUAUCUUUAUUUUGAUUUAAUUUUAGGCCUGACGAAAAUGAAAGAAGAAAGACGAGAUCUGAAAGCGGUGGAUCAGAAAUAUCAGGAACAGAAAGCUCCUGAUGUCUAUGAAGAAAAAUCUGCGAGUUCCAGCAUUAAAACAACAGAAGUCAAGAGGCCCUUCAGCUGCUCUCAGUGUGGAAGGAGUUUUACACAGAAAGCACACCUUAAGAAGCAUUUGGUAUCUCACACUUCAGAAAAACCUUUCGGCUGCUCUCAGUGUGGAAACACUUUCUCAUGUAAAGCAAGCCUUAAUAGGCACAUGUUAAUUCAUGCUGGAAUAAAGUCUUUCAUCUGCUCUCAGUGUGGAAAGGGUUUUACACAGAAAGCACACCUUAAGAAGCAUUUGGUAUCUCACACUUCAGAAAAACCCUUUGGCUGCUCUCAGUGUGGAAACACUUUCUGGAGUAAAGAAAGCCUUAAGAAGCACAUGUUAAUUCAUGCUGGGAUAAAGCCGUUCUCCUGCUCUCAAUGUGGAAAGUGUUUUAGAAAGAAAUCAUGCCUUAAUAGGCACAUUUUAAUUCAUACUGGGAUAAAGCCUUUUAGCUGUUCUCAGUGUGGAAAGAGUUUUACACUGAAAGCACACCUUAAGAAGCAUUUGGUAUCUCACACUUCAGAAAAACCCUUUGGCUGCUCUCAGUGUGGAAACACUUUCUGGAGUAAAGAAAGCCUUAAGAAGCACAUGUUAAUUCAUGCUGGGAUAAAGCCGUUCUCCUGCUCUCAGUGUGGAAAGUGUUUUAGAAAGAAAUCAUGCCUUAAUAGGCACAUGUUAAUUCAUACUGGAAUAAAGUCUUUCAGCUGCUCUCAGUGUGGAAAGGGUUUUAGACAGAAAGCACACCUUAAGAAGCAUUUGGUAUCUCACACUUCAGAAAAACCCUUUGGCUGCUCUCAGUGUGGAAACACUUUCUGGAGUAAAGAAAGCCUUAAGAAGCACAUGUUAAUUCAUGCUGGGAUAAAGCCGUUCUCCUGCUCUCAGUGUGGAAAGUGUUUUAGAAAGAAAUCAUGCCUUAAUAGGCACAUGUUAAGUCAUGCUGGAAUAAAGUCUUUCAGCUGCACUCAGUGUGGAAAGGGUUUUACACAGAAAGCACACCUUAAGAAGCAUUUGGUAUCUCACACUUCAGAAAAACCCUUUGGCUGCUCUCAGUGUGGAAACACUUUCUGGUGUAAAGAAAGCCUUAAGAAGCACAUGUUAAUUCAUGCUGGGAUAAAGCCGUUCUCCUGCUCUCAGUGUGGAAAGUGUUUUAGAAAGAAAUCAUGCCUUAAUAGGCACAUGUUUAUUCAUACUGGGAUAAAGCCUUUUACCUGCUCUCAGUGUGGAAAGGGUUUUACACAGAAAGCACACCUUAAGAAGCAUUUGGUAUCUCAGACUUCAGAAAAACCCUUUGGCUGCUCUCAGUGUGGAAACACUUAA